AUGAACGCCAGUGAACUCCUCGCCAAUACCCUAUCUCCUGACGCACAUACGCGUCAGGACGCGACGCAAAAGCUGGAGAAUGCCUCAAAGGAGAAUUUCCCCGCGUAUACGCUUAUGCUGUGUUCCGAGCUAGUAAAUGAAAAUUCGCCUUUACACGUGAGGAAUGCGGCUGGUCUAGCACUGAAGAACACCCUGGCGGCGCGAGAAAGCGCGCGGCAGCAUGAGUACACGAGCCGGUGGCUGGCUUUAGACAACGAUACCAGGUCCAAAGUCAAGCAGGAUACGUUAAUGGCACUGGGCUCGCCAGUGGCAAAGGUCGGCACUGUUGCAGCGCAGGUGGUUUCUGCGAUCGCUGCGGCCGAGCUGCCUCAAGGGCACUGGUCAGAGGUGAUCAACAUCCUGUUGCAAUUCGUAAAUCACCAGGAAAACACGAAUUUGAGAAUCGCAACGCUCCAAGCGAUCGGCUUUAUCUGCGAGUCAAUUAAACCUGAGAUUCUUGCGCUGCGCUCGAACGAGAUCCUGACCGCAGUCAUUCAUGGUGCUCGUAAGGAGGAGCUGUCUCCAGAGGUGCAGCUGGCGGCUAUUCACGCCCUGCUCAAUUCGCUGGAGUUUGUGCGCGAGAACUUCGAUCGAGAGGGCGAGCGGAACUAUAUCAUGCAGGUCGUUUGCGAAGCUACACAAUGCCAAUCUGUUCCCGUACAAGUCGGAGCGUUUGAGUGCUUGGUGCGAAUCAUGUCUCUGUACUACGACAAGAUGGGCUUCUACAUGGAGCGUGCACUGUUCGGGUUGACCGUUAUGGGCAUGAAGCAUUCUGAAGAAACGAUUGCUCUUCAAGCAGUCGAGUUUUGGUCGACCGUGUGUGAGAUUGAAACGGAGUUGGCAUGGGAGGCUCAAGAGGCUUCUGAAUACGGCGAACAGCCGGAGACGGAUAGCAAGUUUUUCGCGAAAACCGCCCUGCCAGAAAUUGUCCCUGUACUCCUGCAGCUCUUGACUCGCCAGGAGGAGGAAGCGGACGAGGAUGAGUGGAACAUUUCCAUGGCAGCUGGUACCUGCCUUGGCCUGCUCGCGCAGGCGGUGGCAGACACGAUUGUGCCGGCAGUCAUUCCCUUCAUUGAGGCUAACAUUAGAGCGCAGGACUGGCACCACCGCGAAGCAGCUGUCAUGACUUUUGGCUCUAUCCUGGAGGGCCCGGACCCGACUGUCCUCACGCCGCUCGUCAAUCAAGCGCUUCCGAUCCUCAUCGACAUGAUGACAGACCCGAACACCCAGGUGAAGGAUACUGUUGCAUGGACAUUGGGUAGGAUCUGCGAUCUGCUCGUCUCAACCAUCAAGCCAGAUGUCCACCUGCACCCUCUCAUUUCUGCGCUCGUCAACGGCUUGCAGGACAACCCCCGCAUUGUCGCCAACUGCUGCUGGGGUCUCAUGAACCUCGCGGAUCAGUUGGGCUGGUCCGAGGGCGAUGAUCCGGCGCAAGCGGCUGGUGGUCCGUUGUCGCCAUAUAACGAAGGCAUCAUCCAGGCUCUUCUCCGUGUGACCGAGACUGCUAGUAACGAAGGCAACUACCGUACGUCUGCGUACGAGGCGAUCACCUCGUUCGUCGCCCAUGCGACAUUGGAUGCCAUCCCGGUCGUACAAAGUACUGUUGUCGCCAUUCUCCUCCGAAUGGAGCAGCUCUUGGGAAUGCAGAACCAAAUUGUCGGCAUCGAUGAUCGCAACAACUGGAAUGAUUUGCAGAGCAAUUUCUGCAGUGUCAUUAUAAGUGUCGUCCGGCGGCUUGGAGAUGGUAUUCAGCCAAUGGCGGACCGUAUCAUGACGCUCAUUCUCCAGCUCAUGGCAUCUGCCGGUAAGACGUCGACUAUUCUAGAGGAUGCCUUCCUUGUUGUCGGAUCACUCGCGGCUGCACUUGAGCAACAGUUUUCCCCCUACAUCCAGGCGUUCCUGCCCUUCUUGUAUCCCGCCCUCAAGGCGCAUGAGGAUACACAGCUUUGCAUGGUGGCCGUCGGCAUCAUUGGUGACAUCACCCGCGCGCUCGGCGAGCAGAGCGCUCAGUUCGCGAACGCAUUCAUGAGUGUGCUACUCGAGAACCUGCAGAGCGAGGUUCUUAACCGCAACGUGAAGAUUUCCGUUCUGUCGUGCUUCGGCGACAUUGCACUCGCUAUCGGCCCGGCGUUCGAGCCGUAUCUCAGCACGACCAUGGGUGUUUUGCGCCAAGCUGCGUCGCUGCAGCCGAAUCCUCUCGACGUUGAUAUGGUUGACUAUGUUAGCCAGUUACGGGAGGGUAUCUUGGAGGCAUACACGGGUGUUGUCACGGGUCUCAAGAAUACCGAAAAGGUGACACUGCUGUUGCCGUACGUUCAGAGCAUACUUGAGCUCGUACAGCGAGUCAUUGCGGACAACGAGAGGAGCGACUCCGCCUUCAAGCUCUGUAUUGGUCUUAUCGGCGACCUCGCAGAUGCGUUCCCUGAUGGUCAGAUCAAACAGCUCCUUCUCGCAGAAUGGAUCAUGACAGAGCUACGAGCAAGAGGUCGCUUACCGCAAGAGACCAGGAAGACCAUGCGCUGGGCACGGGAGAUGGUGAAGCAUGCGACUGCCUAGAAUGCUCGCCGCGAGCGCCAAAGCGACUAUUACUUUUUUCUUUUUCGUUUCCUUGUUUUCGAUUACUCUCCACAAUCUCGUAUCCCAUGCUCAGUCAGUCCUCUGAAGGAGGUACGCCAUUUAUGUCGCAAUUGCAUGCACAGUAGAGCGCGCCCGCGCGGCCCACCAUGUCUUUAGGACUCAUGAUCUCGUUAUCCGUCGACACGUUGCUGUUUCCAUACUGUAUUCAUUGAUUCCCCCCGCAUCUGUUUGCAAUUGUCCGGCGCUGCAUUCUAUAUGUUUCUCAUAAUGAGCCCGAUCCCGCCGUAUCGCCAGUUUUCUAAUGUCUGUUCCUGAAGGGAACCUAUCGCUCGUGUCGUGUUGCGCACAUAUCCGGUUUUCCAGAGUUGAAAACAUUACCUCGCAUGCAUGUAUUCUGUUGUCGAAUAUCUCAUCUAAAAUAUGGCUAUCCGUUCCAUCUGUGUAGACCACAACUAAAUGUAUAUGACUGUCCCAAGGA